AUAAGAUCCCUUCCCCACUCCACGCCCCACUCUCAGUCACUCUGCUUCUUAUCAAUAAACUUUUCCUCAACUCUACUUCUUGUUUAAGCUCAGGCUGAUUUUUCUUCUCACCUUCGAUGCCCAAACUACUGAAGAGCUGUCUACUCCCACAUAACCACAGCAUAUCUCCUUGCCAUCCAGCUCAUUGGCUGUUUCACAGCAAAAUUUCUUGUCCAGCAGUAGACUGAACCUUUGGCUUUUCAGAUAUUCUACUGAAACUGCUGAAAGGAUAGUCAAUGAGGACGUCCUUAAACAGUUCAGAAUAACCCGAUGGUCUUGCCUUAGUUCCCUUCUUACAGUAGUGUGUGCUUCCGGCUCUCCAUCUGCAUCACUGUCUGCUUCUUCAAUCGAUACAACUAAGUCCAAAACUAGUCCAGGCUCCUCAAUUCCAGGAACGCUAAGUUUAGGUUAGGUGGCAUAAACCCACCUCCGCCAGGGGUUGUGAGUGACCUCAGCCUUACCUUGGGGACAGUGAUGGGCUCAGGGAUACGUCUAUGAUCAAAUUCAGUUCCUUAGAUAUGAGGCCUGGAAUGGCUGCAGGCUGAGGAUGAAGCCAACCCUUAAAGAACGCAGAGCCAAAAGACUUGCAGAGAAAUGGAGGUGCUGCUAUCACUUUUUAAUUCGGUCCUCUGCAGCUCUAGAAAAAUUGAAACUCUUGUGUGGAGAAGACAAAGAAUGCUCAAGUCCAUCAAAUCUACUAGAACUUUACACACAGGCUAUUUUGGACAUGACAUAUUUUGAAGAGAACAAGCUAGUAGAUGAAGAUUUUCCUGAAGAUUCUUCAGAGAAAGUAAAGGAGCUGAUCAGCUUUCUUUCUGAACCAGAAAUUUUAGUUAAUGAAAAUAAUAAGCAUCCAAAAUACCUUGUCGAUGGAAUCAGUUACUUGCUACAGAUGCUAAAUUAUCGGUGUCCUAUCCAAUUAAAUGAAGGAGUUUCUUUCCAAGACCUAGACACAGCUAAGUUACUGAGUGAAGGAAUAUUUAGUGACAUUCAUUUGCUGGCUAUGAUGUACAGUGGAGAAAUGUGUUACUGGGGAUUGAAGCAUUGUGCAGAUCAACAGCCAGAAAACCAUGAAAUGGAUACCGGUGUUUCUGGAGCAAGCUGCACUACACACAAAGAACUCUUGGAUUUCCGAGAAGUAGGAGAAAAAAUUUUGAAAAAGUAUGUAUCUGUGUGUGAAGGACCCCUGAAAGAACAAGAAUGGAAUACAACAAAUGCAAAACAAAUUUUAAACUUCUUUCAACAUCGCUCUAACUAGUAAGUUCAUCUAGUCCUUAUCAAAUAGAAAAACAAAAGACCAAUGAAACGGAAGAGUCCUAGAAAAGAAGACAUGUUGACACUGAAUUUAAGAGCUUCACACUACACACUACAGAAAGAUGUCCCAGCAUGGUUACCUGUUUUUAAAUGCCAUCGCCAUCUUUCAUUAUAUAUUCUUAAACCUGUGAAGGAACAAUAAUUUCUAAAAUAGCAUGUAUGUUAUUCUAACUCAGCCUGAACUACAGCUAUCCUGUAACUAAUACUAAGGAGGAUUCCAUUUUAGCUUUACAGAGAUUUUUUUUUCUAUUACUUCAGAUUAUUUUUUUUCACUGUGGUAAAAUAUACAUAACAUAAAGUUGACCAUUUUAACUAUUUUUAGAAUUUUUUUUUUCAGUCUCCCUGUCUUGAAGUUUGCUAUGCUUCAAAAGUUAAAAUCAAGUCAUCUCAUUGCUUUGGAGAUAUGCUAUGGAUAUAAAAUUUGGCAAAAUUAUGAGUAAUAUUCAGAUUCCAUUUCCAGAAUAAGAUAAUAAAAGACUUCACAAAAGAAUUGUUGAAUUAUUUUACCAUGUACUACUAAUGGCAUUUAAAAUUUUUAUUAGUCAUUUUAUAAAAUUUUAAACAUGAUUUUUCUAUCUUGUUUUAAAGAAUAUCAUGGCUUAUCAAAUGCGUAAUGAAUAUAAAAACCAAGUUAGGUUAAGUCCACCAUUCGUCCAUUGUUAGCUCAUAUAUCUUUAAGGCAUAUCUUUUUAUAUGUAUUGAAAUUUAAUUUCUUUUUCUCUUGUCUUUAAUAGUAGGGAUGAGUGAUAAAGGUCAGAGAGCCUAACUUGCUAUCUUGCUUACAGUCUUACUGUCUACCUCAACUCCUAUUGUUAUCUUGAGAAGAUCUGAUUCCUUGCUGAUAUUCUUGACUUUUGCGCCAGUGACUUCAUCACAUUCCUGGAACUUACUCCCAUGGCCAUACCUUAAAUAUCACCAUCCUGAGUUUCUCUUUCUGAAAUCUUAAAUUUUAAUAACUGAUAAUUCUCAUCUUCCUAGCUUUUUCACGUCCUCAUUUUUAUUGAAUUUUUCUCCUUUAUUCUGCUCUCUUUCGCUUCUUCACAGCCACCUCCUCUUGACAGUUACCUUUUCUCCUAAACGAUCAGCCCCUUUAAGAUGUUCUCUCUUCCUUAUCUAGCUUCAGCCUUAUAGGGCACCAAAUGAAAUACUCUCUACACUCCCUUCAAAUCUGACUUCCGCUUGUCCUUCAGCCUAAUCAUUCUGCAAGCCCUCAACAUUGAAUUACUGCUAUCAUCCACCUUUUCUGGAUGCUAAGUUCCAUGUGAAGUACAUGCAGCCCUUCAAAGUGGAAUUGCUAUAAGCAUUUCAUCUUUAACGUUAGAGGCGCCCUCAAUAUAAACCUUUGGUUUGUUACUAAUGUUGCCCCUUUCCCUUUUCUACUAUGGCUAAUCCAAACCACUAACUUUUCUCGUGACUUUGCUCAGGCCCUCUGUCCCCUCCCCCAACAUAUGGCCCUUGGUCCCAUCUUACAGAAAAUCAAGACUCUGAGGAGGUCAAUUUCUAUUUACCAGCCUUGCCCUACUCAUUUUCUCCUUUUUUAGAGGAAAAGAGGCAGCCUGCUUACUCUUGAAGCCCAAUCUCCACCUUUCCUCUCUGCCAUCUUACUCGUUUCCCCUGGGGCUUCCCUCUUUCUAACCUACCCUUUAGGUAGCCUUCCCUAGAGCUUCCUCCUUUUUCUCUUCCCCCCUCCCCUUUUUCCUUCCCCUUUUCCACUUUUCUUUUUACUUUAAAUGCUCUUCUUAUGUGAUGUCAUUCAUAGACAUGGGCUGCUUCUGCCACCUAUAAUGUUAGGCUGGCUCCCAGACCUGUAACUUGAAUCCCAGCUUCUCUCCUGUUCUCUAAACCUAAUUCCUAAUUGCCCAUUAAAUUAUCUUCACUUAGACAUCCCAUAGUAAUUUUAAAUUCAGUAUGUCCAAACCACCAACCCUCUUUUUUUCACCUAAAAUCUUUUCCCUUUCACGUUUUCUCUUUGAUCUUCCACAGAGCAGGGCAAGGCAGAGUGCUCUAACCUAGUUUCUGCCUACCUUCCCAGCCUCAUCGCUGCAAUUCAUCCUGUGCGACCAUGUUCUAGUCCAUUGUUCCUCAGACGUUUAAAACCCAGGCUCCUUUCUGAUAAGCAUAAACAUUCUGAUAGAGCCUUUUGGGACAGUACAAUCUCUUCCUAUCUCUGCCCUCAUCUCCUUGCUUAUCCUUAUACAGCUAAGAAGAUUUUUAUUUAACUUAGAUUUUUAACAAGUUUUACGAUGAAAAUACCUUAUGCUUUCUAAGUAUAAAGAUUUAAAUCAUUUUUAAUGUGGUUUUUAGAACCAUAGACCACCCCUCCCCUUCCCAAUUUGGAGCGUCAUGAUCAAGUACUUCCAAUUCUUGCCCAAUGUGCUGUGUGGUUUUCCCCUCAAUGUUCUUGCAGACUGCAUUCCAUCCACCUGGAAUGCUUUGCCCUUCUAUGUGGCCACGUGAAUAGCUACUUAUCCUUUAGGACUUAGCUCCCGUGAUGGUUUAUCCACAUGGCUUUUUUCAGCCCUUUCCAGUCAAAAGUAGAUGCUUUUUUGCUUCUGCUCCCUUAGUCUUGCCCUUCCAUGUUAUCGCAGUGAUCACAUUGCUUUAUAGUUAUUUUCCUUUUAAGUUGGUGAACUCUAUUUUAAAAUUUUUUCUUUAUACGUAAUGUUUAAUGAAUAGUAGGCCAUUAGUAAAGCUUUUUGUUUUAAGAGACAUGACUCUAAAUGCUGAACUCGGCAUAAAAAGGUGGCUGCUACUGGAUUCCAAACUGCCAUGCCCUCUACACCAGUGGUUGACAAGGCAGAUGGGAAAAUGACUCCUCAGAGGAGUCAAGUAGUAUUUAGAUUUGGAACCUGAGAAAACAAGAGAACUUUCUCUUCAAAAGUUAGGAACUUCUGUUUUGCCUUUAUGACUAUUGUAAACCACUUGGGUCUCUCACUGGUUGGUACAACUGUGAGAGUACUACUGGGUGCUUUUUGUACAACUUUCCCAUUCUCCACACACUUGGAGAACACUUUGUAGGCCAUAACAGUUAUAAUGCUUUUUACUCUAAUGUAUUACAAAACAAUGAACAACACAUUUUUGUAUGUUUAAAGCCUAUUGAGCAAAUUCUGUUUCAUUUAGAAUGAAGUAACUUCAAGAUACUAAAUACUCCACAUAAGUACUUAAUUCACUCAUGAACAACUUUUAUGUGCCUACUACAUGCCGGGUUUUGUCCUAGGCACUGAGGAUACAUAGCUUUGUGAAAUACCCUCUUUCAGAAUUUGUAAUGCAUUUUAAGAAUAAAUGUGUACAGCACGUUAAGUGCUGAGUGCUAUAAAGAAUACAGCAGACUAAGGGGCUAGUGUGACCCUGGAGAGGAGUGCUAUUUUAUUUAGGUUGAUUGGGCAGGCACCUCUGAGCACCUAUCUACUUUAGCACUUGUGGUUUUAAAUCUUACCUGUUUGGUUAAAUGCCUUGCACAUUCAGUACAUUUAUAAAGUUUCUCUUAUGUGAGUUCUGAUACUGAAUUGAGUGAGUCAUCACAUAGACCUUGUCAUUUUUAUCACAUUUGAAGGGUUUCUCUCUAGUAUGGGAUUUACUAAUAUGUGAGUGAGAACCUAAAGGCCUGGGUGCAUUUAUUACACUUGGAGUUUCUCUCCUUUUUGAGUUCUCUGGUAUUUACAAAAACUUAAACUCUGUUAAAGGAUUUUUUUAUAAUCCUUCAAUUUGUAUGGUUCUUUUCCGGUAUGAAUUUUCAGAUGUCAACUAGACUGAGGUUUAAAAGCCUGUCCCCUUUGCUGCAUUUAUAGGGUUUCUUGGCACUGAGUUGUUUGAUGCUGAUUAAGGUACAAAUCAUGACUAAAGACUUUCCCUUAUUCCUUUGCAUACAGGAGAGUGAGGUGGGAGUCAUGGCUAAAAUCCCACAAUAAAAUUAUGUCCCUACCUUUACAACCCCACUGUGAAUUCUCUGAUGUUCAUUUAAGUGGGAGCUGUGGCUAAAGGCAUUCUCAGAUUCAUUUUAUUGUCAUUUAAAAAACCCCACAGCUGGUUGACAUGUUAGUUUUAGAUUGCUUAUCACUUUUUUCUCUCCACCUUUCAGGGUUCCUUUUCUGAUUCCCAGAAGGAUACCCCAUCUGCCACAGAUUCCAGGAUUCUGUAGUUCUUUAGUAUUACUUCUUAUAUUAUGUUUUAAACACAAUAUGAGAUAUUGUGUUUAAUGUAAAAUACAUUUAAUGUAUCCACAAUUAAAGUGUGCAUUUUGUAUUCAUGCUGGUGUUCUUUGCUGUUUAUUUUCCUACUUCUAGUCAAACUUCCAAAUGUUAUGGAGCAAUUAAAAACAAAAAAAACCACA